AUGGGAGUCCUCAACCUCGUUCAAAGAUUCAUUGUUGCAUUCAUUGCCAUUCCAACGGUGAUGUAUUGCAUUAAAUAUCAUUCUCUAUUGACUAUUAUUACUACCACAUUAUCCAUUGUUGGUAUUUAUGAAUUACAUGGAAUUUCAAAUAGAAUUACAAAUUUAUUAUUACCUACGAGUAGUACAACUAGUAGCAGUACAACAACAACAACAACAACAACUAGUACUAGUACACCCAACAACCACACUUCUAUGAAGAAUGAUGCUGCCACUUCUUCCACUAUAGGAAAUUACAUUCCUCUCUCUCAACAUGUUGAAAUUCCAACUCCACAAGACUCUUCCAUUCUUACUUCUUUUCAUUAUUAUUUAGAUGUGACUUUGACACUCUUUUUAACCUAUAUUGGAUAUUUCCAUUCAGGUGUCAGUAGUAGUGUCAAUCUCUUCAAUAGUGGUAAUUCCACAAGGAUUGAUUUUACUCAACACUUGUCUUGUGCCAUGAUUUUCAUCUUUUUCUUUAUUUUUGUAUUGGAUAUGAUUGCUUUCAGUCCAUAUGGUCAAUCCGAUGAACAUCACACUCGAACAUUUCUCAAAAUAUUUUUGAGAACAUUUUCAGUCUUGUACAUUGGUUUGGGAUUCUCAAGUGCACUUUAUUUGGUUCAAGACUAUCGAUUUUUAUUAGUAUUGAUUUUAUUUUGUAAUUGGGCAAGUGAUGCUAUGGCAUUACUCUUUGGUAAGAAAUUGGGUCAUUAUAAAUUACAUCGAUAUCUAUCACCCAAUAAGACUGUAGAAGGUGCCAUUGGAGCCAUUUUAGGAAGUACUUUGACUGCUUACUUACUUUAUUUGGUAAAUGAGAGAGUGUUUGAUUUGAAUGAAUUCUUUAGAGAUGGCAAUGAUGAUGUUGUCAAUACAUUCUCACAGAAUGGAAGAAGACUACAUUAUAUUCUUCCAUUUCAUCUUUAUAUGAUUUAUGGUAUCGUAUUGGGUGUAUUGGGAAUUAUUGGAGAUUUAAUUGAAUCUUAUUUGAAGAGAAUUGCCAAGGUGAAAGAUAGUGGAACAUUCUUUGGUGCUCAUGGUGGAGUGUUGGAUCGUGUGGAUGGUUUACUUUUUUCAUUUCCUAUUAUGGUAAUGAUUCACAUGUAUGCGGUGAAACAUCAUGAUUAUUGA